GCUGCUGCUCUUGUUAGCUGCUCUCCUCUUUUCCUCACAAAUGGUGGAUGGAACACCCAACUCUGUGCCUUUGGACAAGGAGGAAUUGCUGGCGGAGAAGAAGCUGAAACUUCUUAACAGGCCUGCGGUGAAGAGCAUUCAGAGCGAAGAUGGUGACAUAGUGGACUGUGUUGAUCUCUACAAACAGCCAGCCUUCGAUCACCCACUACUCAAAAACCAUACCAUUCAGAUGAAACCCGAUGAUGAGAUCUCCGGCGAAAGAGAUGAGGGAGUUAAAGCACGCGUGCCGUCCCAAGCGUGGCAAAGGAGUGGGAGCUGCCCUGAUGGAACGAUCCCAAUCCUCAGGAUCCAAAAGCAUCACCUGCUCAACGCUGCUUCGAUGGAAGACUACGGCAGGAAGCCAUGGCAUGGCAUGACCAAGCACAAGAUACGUACAUCGAGUCUCUCGGUAGAUGCCGGCAUCGAAGGCCUGCACGCGUAUGGCGUGCUGAUGGCCAGUGGUUUCAGCUACAUCGGAGCCAAAGCAAGCAUCAACAUAUGGAAUCCCCGUGUCGGCGGGGACGACGAAUUCACUACUGCUCAGAUUUGGCUUCGGAAUGGGCCAUACAACAGCUCAGACUCCAUCGAAGCCGGAUGGAUCGUAGAUCCCAGCCUUUAUGGUGACAGGAGGACAAGGUUUUUCGUGUACUGGACGACGGACUCCGGGAGGACGACAGGCUGCUUCAACCUCCUGUGCGCAGGCUUCGUGCAGACGAACCCACAUGUAGCCCUGGGAGCUGCUUUCGCGAGUACAUCCCAAAGAGAUGGACGGCAGUACGGAAUUCAACUCAACAUGUGGCUGGACUCGGACAACGAGAAAUGGUGGUUGAUGUUCGGCGACGACGAGGUCGCGGUCGGCUACUGGCCGUCUUCAUUGUUCGCCGGGCUGAGAGGGGCAGCGACGUUGGCGUUGUUCGGUGGCGACGUCUACAGCCCGAGGAUACAUGAGAAGCCGCACACAACCACCGCCAUGGGCUCCGGCGACUUCGCUUCGUACCACUGGGGCACCGCGUGCUGGAUCGGCAAGCCCCGAAUCAAGGACUACUCCGGCGAGUACAAGUACCCGUAUCCUUUUGGGACGCUGAGCACCCAAACCGACUGCUACAGCGCCGAGAACUACGCAGAGAUCCUGUGGACGGAGCCGCUCUUCUACUUCGGCGGGCCCGGCAGGAAUCAUCCCUAUUGCGAAUAG